AUGAGAGCCGUCUUCUGUCGAGUGUCUAUUGUUCGUCCCUUGUGCCUUGCCGCCACCAACACCAGAAUCAUCGCAACCACGAGCACCCGUCAAUUGACCCGAUUCGAUACUAUUCCCAGGAGCACAGUUUGUAAAGCCCUCAGCAGUUACCUUUCUGCGACACCUUCAAGUCGGCAUUUUUUCUCUGCGAGCGUUCAGCACCGCCUGGUCCACACUAGUACUUUUAUUUCGAACCGCUCAAGGAUAUUCGCAUUGGAAGGUCACGCCAACACCUCGACACCCAACGCCGGCGCGGCACAAAAGCCAUCGGAGGGCACCAUGACAGCCAGUAUGAGUACCAGCAAUACCCCGUUGGUUUAUUGCUCACCAAAGCGGAGGGCGUCGUGCGAGCUAGUACCAAUUGGAUCAGAGCAUGCACCAAAACAGCGGAUCGUGCCUGUCAGUUACGGAACCAGUGUGUUUUUCAAUCGAGCACUGUCCACCUCUGCCGGACCCCGUUCUCAGGAGACUUUACCUAUUGGGACCCAGGAGGCAUCGCCAUCGUCGCCUUUUGCAGGAUCGACAGAUACGAGCUCGACGGCGGCGACAGCGGAGCAGCCAAGGGCCAUGGUGAUCCAAUUGACGGAUCAAGAGGCCGAGAUCUGUGAGAUUCUGGAUCAAGUUGCCAAGAACUACAAGGCCAAGGAGGGCAAGAAGGUCGAGCUUCGAAUUGCUGGAGGAUGGGUCCGUGACAAGCUACUCGGUCUUUCAUGUCACGACCUGGAUGUUGGACUGGACACAAUGAUGGGCUACGAGUUUGCGGUGCGGGUGAACGAGUACAUGGAGUCACUCGGGAAGAAAAAGCGGACCAUCGCCAAGAUCGCUACCAACCCCGAAAAGUCCAAGCAUUUGGAAACGGCGACAAUGAUGGUUCUCGGUAUGCCACUGGACUUUGUCAACCUCCGAUCCGAGGUCUACGACGAUAGUAGCCGCAUCCCCAGCGAGAUUAUGUUUGGGACGCCCAAGGAGGAUGCUGAGCGACGUGAUAUCACCAUCAACGCGCUCUUUUACAACAUUCAUACCCACAAAGUCGAGGACCACACCGGGAUGGGGCUCAAGGACUUGCAGGACGGGAUCAUCAGGACCCCUUUGGAGGCAUACGAAACCUUUUGGCAGGAUCCACUCCGUGUCUUGCGCUGCAUCCGAUUCGCGUCCCGGUUCCAGUUCACGAUUGCUGAAGAUGCGAAAAAGGCGAUACUGGAUUCCAGGAUCAAGGAAGUGCUCAAGACCAAGAUCUCCAAGGAGCGCAUUGGAUCGGAGCUGGACAAGAUGAUCGAUGACGGCGCUGGCAGAAGUACUGCGAUCCGCCUGUUGCAGGAGCUUGGACUGUACGAUGUCGUAUUUGCGCCACCAGAGGUCAAUACCAUCGCAAAGGGCACUACGGCGGUUGAAGGAUCCAUCUGUGAGGUGCAGGACGCCUUCAAGCUGGUCUGGAUCAUGGAGUGGAUCCUAAAGAUUCAUCCGGGCCUUGCGGGCGAGGACGAGGAUGGAACUUUCUCCCAGCCAGAGCGGGAUGUUGGUCAGGAAUCGUUGUUGAAACAAACCCAAGGCACCCCAAUGACCAGUCAUCUCUACCCUAUCGUCACCUCAGAGCCAGUGCCAGGAAUCCCAUACAUCGCCCCAAUGGAAGAGCCCUUCCCCGAGCGACUGGCUAAACGGACCAUGAUCUUGUCAUCCAUGUUGUACCCCUACAGAGAGAUGACUGCGACCGUUAACAAGAAGACCAUCCCUGCUGGAUCAUGGAUUCUGCGGUACGGUCUCAAGGGGAGGAACGUCGAAAUUGAUAUCGUGACCAAGGUGAUGGAGAGCAUCAAGGCGGUCCAGGGAAAAGUCGCCUCGAUUUCUUUAGAUAUCCCCCAAGACCAGGAGUUGUUGAGGAAAGAGCGAGUGGAAAUGGGGAUGUUGAUUCGGGAUAUCGGAUUCAUCACGGUCAUAGGAAAGAAGUGGCGGUGUGCGUUGCUCAUCGGCCUGGGAGUUGAACUGAUCGAAAAGUUUGACCUUCUUAAGCAAGGCAUCCUUGAUGAUGAAACGAAGGUCAAGAUUUCAAAAUACAACGCGUUCCUGUCCAAGGCAGAGGCGUACCAAAUCGACCACUGCUUCUCAUGGAAAUACAUAGUCGACGGCAAAGAAGUCACUCAAUUGCUUAAAGUCAAACCAGGACCAAAGGUCACAGGAUACCUUCAAAAGAUCAUGCAAUGGCAACUUCAACAUCCUCAUUCGUCAAAAGAAGAGUGUCAGGAAUGGAUUCGGGAACACCCAGAGCAGUUUAAAUAA